AUGCAGCUCAUGGAUGCAUCUGCCCUCCGCCAGGGGGCCCUAGGAACCCUCCUCGUCAGUGUCCUGUCACUAUCUCGACUUAGCCAACCUGCAAGGGCUCUCCCCAUCGAAGAUGAAACGAAUGGCAUUGGCGAUCGUCCCAGUAACAGCAACAUUGACCCUUUUGCCAUUCUCGAUCCGCAGAACUGGGUCAACCCAGACAAUAUGACCUGGGCUGACUGGAAAGCCCCUCCAGGAACCAACUGGUCGGACCCCAAUAAGAAAGGCUCAGUACGCAACUUUAACAUUGCACUGGUCACUGUCGACUACCCCGACAUGCCGUUUGUCAUUACUCAGGCGCCAGGAUCGACAGUCUUCGGUAAUCCGCAGCCAAAUGCUCCGGCUGGAAUCAAGCGUGAAGAGGUGCCAUCCUUUUACCGUGAUUUCCUCAACAAACCCAUUGAUCUCAACCAUGGACAUACACUUCAUGAGUACUGGAUGACGGACUCGAUGGGCCAUUUUGGUGUCGAUCUCACGCCUUUUGGUCCAUACAAAAUGACCUCGAAAUCAUACCAGUACGGUCUUGGCUCGGAUAUGAACCAGGGAGCAUGCCCUCCCGGCGAGGAGUGUGAUAUUAAUCUCCGCACGGACGCGCUUGGUGCCUGGCGUGUGGAUAUUGGUGACCAGGCAGCAGACUCCUUUGAACUCAUAUUUAUCCUGUCUGCCGGUCAGGAUGAGUCAUCAUCAUGGCAGGAGUUUGGCGAAAUGCGCUUCCAGACUCCAGCAGAUAUCCCUAGCGAGUUCGGGCCUCCAAGAACCGGCAAUGAAUCGCUGUCUAAUUCGGCAAAAACCCGCUAUGUCGAGUGGACUUCGUGGGCCUCAGCGGCCUGCAUCUGGCCCAAUGCUGGGGGCGGAUCAUCAACCCAAAGUGAGAGCUCGGGUAUGGGCACAUAUGCCCAUGAACUGAGCCAUCUACUUAACAUUCCUGAUAAUUACAACAAUCCCUACGGUGUCCCGGCCAGGCGGGCUUUUACUGGACCUUGGUCCAUGUUGUCUCGCGGAAGCUUUAACGGUCCAGGAGGCCCUCAUACACGUUGGCAGAUCCCACCCACCCAGGGCGGCUCCUUGGGAUCUCUGCACACCAUACGCGAUAAGAAUCAACUCAAACUGCUCGACGCCAAAACUCUCGUUCAGUUGUCACGCGAAGGGUUGGCCAACUCGGGCAUUGUCGUUGCCCGUUUAACCGCACGCUCUGUCGCUCCUACUAAUGGGGAACUGAUUGGCAUUCGAAUUGCUAUGGAUGCUGACAGGUCGCCCGCUUGUGAUACGAAGACUGACCCAUUCUGCGACGGUGGAGGCUACACUGGCUACGACAUCGAGGUUAUCGACCGCAUGGGCCCAGACUCCUUCACUCCAGACUCGGGCGUCAUGAUUAGCAAAGUCAAGACUGAGUCCCGAGGUACUUUCCAGUGGACUAUUGAUGCGAACCCGCAAGAUUUGAAACUCGUCGACUUCUAUAGGCCAGAUGGAACACCAUCGAUGAUCACUGUUGGUGACUACCGCCAGUUGGCUGAUGCCCUUUUCCAUGCUGGCACCCGCUCCGGCAGUGAGUUCGAGUACGUCGAUGAAGCCAAUAGCCUCCACUUUUAUAUCAUCGAUAUCCACCGGGAGAAUAAGGGCGUACUUUCGUAUACAACUGCUGUCCGGUCUCUCGACACAAAGGACAAGCACAAACGUGGCGUCGAGGUCAAGCGUGGCCAGAUGAAAUCCAGCUUUCCCAACACGCCAACUCGCAUGGGCGUUAUUUGUUCAUUCAGGGUCCAUAAUACCGGUUCAUACUCAGCUGCCGGCGGUGGAAACCACCACCCACAAGAUGUAUCUGCGUACCUAAAGUCGGACGUAUACCGGCUCAGCGCCAGUGUGAAGGGCAAAGGCUGGAGGGUCGAGUUGCCCAAUGCCUUAACCACCGCCGAAAAUGGAAAAUGGAUGACAGUGGAUGUUGCGGUAGCUGCAGACAGAGGCGCUGCACUCACUGCUGUAAUUGAACUGAAGGCCACUUCGGAGUCGAAUCCUUCUGUCACUGCCUCUGAACGGUGCUCGGUGUCGAAGUCUUAA